CAUUUGAUUAAUUCAGUUAAAAGUUCGAUGAACUAUUCCUAGUACAUGCAGCCCCUGUAGAAUUGUCAUUGUGGUUAGUAAUUCCAUAUAGAGACUCUUGUUGUGGAGGAAACUGUUUGCUACUCAGAGAGAAUAUCUUUACUUUGAGUCUAAGGAGAAAUAUUUCCCCUGCUCUCUGAACCAGGGACCUCAAAAGAAUCUGCUUUAUAGUUUGGUACCUUAACUACUUUUCCUGUUUUGGAAGAUAGUCAUGGAUGUAGUCUGGAAGUGUGAUAGUUUAGGGCAGAAUAACACCUUUGAGAACAGAAUGUUAAUGCUUGAUGGGAUGCCGGCAGUCAGAGUCAAAACAGAACUUUUGGAAUCCGAACAAGCGUCUCCAAACGUUCACAGCUACCCCGAUAUGGAAGCCGUUCCCCUGUUACUAAAUAACGUGAAAGGGGAGCCCCCGGAGGACGCGUUACCUGUAGAUCACUUCCAAACACAAACUGAGCCAGUGGACUUGUCCAUAAACAAAGCCAGGACGUCCCCUACUGCCGUUUCAUCCUCCCCCGUCUCCAUGACAGCGUCUGCCUCUUCACCGUCGUCUACUUCAACCUCUUCAUCCUCUUCUAGCCGUCCAGCCUCAUCCCCAACUGUUAUAACAUCAGUAUCUUCAGCAUCAUCUUCAUCCACAGUAUUAACUCCAGGACCCCUUGUUGCCUCUGCCUCUGGUGUGGGAGGCCAGCAGUUUUUGCACAUUAUCCAUCCUGUACCGCCUUCAAGUCCCAUGAAUUUACAGUCUAACAAACUGAGUCAUGUUCACCGCAUCCCCGUGGUGGUACAGUCGGUGCCUGUUGUCUAUACAGCUGUACGGUCACCUGGAAACGUGAACAACACUAUUGUUGUGCCGCUUUUGGAGGAUGGGAGAAGCCAUGGCAAAGCACAAAUGGAGCCCCGAGGCCUAUCUCCCAGACAAAGUAAAAGUGACAGUGACGAUGAUGACCUGCCAAAUGUGACCUUAGAUAGCGUUAAUGAAACUGGAUCUACGGCCCUUUCCAUAGCCAGAGCAGUACAAGAGGUACAUCCAUCCCCAGUAUCAAGGGUCCGGGGAAAUCGAAUGAAUAACCAGAAGUUUGCUUGUUCAAUUUCACCAUUUAGUAUUGAGAGCACAAGGCGCCAGAGACGCUCUGAAUCCCCAGACUCCAGGAAACGACGUAUCCACAGAUGUGAUUUUGAGGGAUGCAACAAAGUGUACACGAAAAGCUCUCACCUGAAGGCUCAUCGGAGGACACACACAGGAGAGAAACCCUACAAGUGCACCUGGGAAGGUUGCACCUGGAAGUUUGCCCGUUCGGAUGAACUGACGAGGCACUACCGCAAACACACGGGAGUGAAGCCAUUCAAGUGUGCAGACUGUGACCGCAGCUUCUCUCGGUCAGAUCACCUGGCCUUGCACCGCCGGAGGCACAUGCUCGUGUGAGGCAGGUCCCUCGUCCAGCCGAGAGGAAGAGCGAGAUCUCUUAGUGGCAUCCAGUUCAGCAGGGCUGAAUCCCCUUCACAGUGUCAACGCCAAGGGCAUCACCAUCCCACAGUGUCAGAAACCAGAGCAGGAACCAGAAGGUCCACUUCUCCUUUCCGACUGAAGGUAAUCCCCAUCACGACACGCAAGAGACGUCUUCUUCAUGCAGGCUUGGGAGCUCGGCACUAUCCACGUGGGGGAGCCAGGCCAUUGUUUUCCAGGCUGUAUCCUCUGCCACGGACAGGUGUUUGUAGCUUGGACAUACAUUUUCCAAGCUGUCAGACAUUUGGUUAUCACUAUCUUAAAAGGUCAGCUACCACAAAUUGAUGGCUAGAGCAAGACCUUUUCCAUCUGAGUGAUUUUUCCCAUCAUCCCCACCCCUGUGAGCCCUUUUAUACAAAACGUUUAGUUCCUAAAUCAGCUAGAACACACGUCCGAUCUGUUACCAGCAAAACAGCAUGAACAUAGGAAGGAAGAAGCUGUGGGAGAGUUUCCAUUACCUGACAAAUAAAGGCACAGUCAGCAGCCCUCAGCGGUAGCGAUGGCAGCCACUAGAAUCCCACCUACAACGUGUCCUCAUCCCAUGCCCUGAAGAAAACCGACAUUGAAUCUUUCAUGUGUUUGUCCUUGAGUGUGUUUUGUUCUGUUCUGGUUGUUUUGUUCAUCUGUUCAAGCAGAGGGGCAGCAGAAUUUCAAUUGAAGUCUAGUCCUGGUCUCUGCCCUGCCAUGGAUUGGCUCAGAGGUGUUCUGUAGUUGAAUAGGAAGAGCCUGUCUUUAAAAAAAAAAAAAAAA